AUGCCAGGUCUAGAAUCUGAAAACAGGGGCCGAAACGACAUGAUGGGAGCUGGAGCCGAGACGGUAAAAGAGAUCAGCCAGCCUGCCGUGGCCUACCUUGCUUCGGUUGAGCCAUCCUUUUCAGCCUGCCUCACGUUACUUCGCGCCUCGAGAUGCAGCUACGUCUGCGAGGUUGCGACAUGCGGCGGAGUGAAGGAACCCGCACACCGCGAAAAGAAGGAGCCCACCCAGCCGCUGGCUGCACCUGCCACCGACCGCACCGCACCCGCACCUACCGCACCACCGCACCGCAUCGCCGUCCGCCCCUCCGCAGGUUCUCGACCCGUCGCAUCGUCCCACGGCCGUCGCUCUUUCCCUCCCAUUCAGUGUCCUUCCUAUCCAAUCAUUCCCAUUCGUUCCAGCCCAUCUACCACCUCAAUUUCCAGGGCAGGUUGCGAGAAGAACACCUCCCACCACUAUAUCAGAGCAUCAGGCCGCUUCCGAAAGUACCGCUGCUGCCCCGCACAGGAACGCCUGACGCCGUCGCACGCCCCAGGACUGAACCCCGAAAGCCCCAAGCUUACUGAACUCCCUUCACCCCUGGCUCGCUAG